GGUUCCCCCGUCUAACUUCCGAGAAUCCACAUUUCAAGGAGACGCUUAGGUUGCAUCUCUCUCUUGUGUAUCGACAGGAUUGAGCUUGAAUUUGUGAGUCUUCGCUAAUAUAGGCAACCAAUAGGCAAAGGCAACCAAAAGUACAUUGAAUCACAAUCUUUAUAAAACGAAAUUCGGUUAUGAUGGAGAGACCGCGGAUCAUUGCGGGAGCAGUCGUGUUGCUAAUAACUGUUUUGGCUGUGUCUCUUGUCGCUGUAUUUGAGAUUGGCAAAUCUCCUGAUGAGGAAGAUGAAAAGGACAAAAGAAUUUUGGGCACACUGACUUUUGACUGUACGCAGAAGCCCCUUUGUGAUGCCAACGCUAUCUGUACAGCUGACCUAAGAGACGAGAAACGUUUCAGUUGUGUUUGUAACAAUGGUUUUGAAGGCAAUGGCUCUGUUUGUCGAGACAUUAAUGAGUGCUUAUCCCAAGAACUUCAUUUGUGCCCUUCUACUGCUAAAUGUGAGAACACGAUUGGUUCCUACCAAUGCAGUUGUCUCCCAGGAUUCCAUGGGGAUGGCAAGUCUUGUCAGGAUAUUGAUGAGUGCAGGGCUAAUAUGCAUAAUUGCAGUGUUCAUGCACUCUGCAAUAACAUCAUUGGCUCUUACGCCUGUAGUUGUCCUCCUGGCUUUAAAGGAAAUGGAUGGUCUUGUCAGGAUAUUGACGAGUGCAAGGCUAAUAUGCAUAAUUGCAGUGUUCAUGCACUCUGUAACAACGCUAUUGGCUCUUAUGCCUGUAAAUGUCUUCCUGGCUUUAAAGGAAACGGAUGGUCUUGUCAGGAUAUUGACGAGUGCAAGGCUAAUAUGCACAACUGCAGUGUUCAUGCACUCUGCAAUAAUUCUAUUGGAUUAUAUACUUGUAGUUGUCUUCCUGGCUUUAAAGGAAAUGGCUGGUCGUGCCACGACAUCAAUGAAUGCAAGGAUGGGAAUCACAAGUGUCACGCACACGCAGCAUGUGCAAACACUGAAGGCUCUCAUGAAUGCAGCUGCAUUUCUGGGUUUCAUGGUGAUGGUCAUGUGUGUCUAGAUAUCGACGAAUGUCUGGAAGGAUCACAUGACUGCAGUUUGCAUGCAACUUGUAUAAACACUGUGGGCUCCUAUUCAUGUUCAUGCAAUGAUGGUUUCCAUGGCAAUGGUCGGUUAUGCUCAGACGUCAAUGAGUGCAGCGUUGGAAGUCAUCUCUGUGAUGCUUAUGCCAGCUGUGUUAACAACCCUGGUUCUUACAGCUGCUCUUGCAGAAAAGGCUACACCGGAAAUGGACGAUAUUGUAAAGACAUUAAUGAGUGCAGAGAUGGAACAGAUAGAUGCAGCUGGAACGCUCGUUGUAUUAAUACGCAGGGCUCUUACACCUGUGGCUGUGAUUCAGGUUUCCAUGGUGAUGGGAUGUCAUGUAGUGAUUUAGAUGAGUGCGCACAGGGUGUGCACGAUUGUCAUCCCAAAGCUGUGUGCAGUAAUACUUGGGGAUCAUAUCAGUGUUUUUGUUUAAAAGGAUAUCACGGAAAUGGCAAACAGUGUAAAGCUUCCUCUGCCACAAAUCAACGAGUGCCUCUCGACAUAGUUUUUCCUUUUAUUAUGAGUAUUGCUCUUAGUCUAUUGUUCUCUAUGUAAGAACUUCAAGGAGACUAUAGAUGUUACAUAAAGUACUCUUUAAGGGUUUCAAUAAUUCAUUCUAAAGAUUGAAAGUAACAUUUUAAUUUACAUUCCGACCAAAGUUGAUCACAGACCCAGACUAUUUUUGUUUUCUACAUUUGUACUAAAAGAAACUGAAAACAAACAAAAAAAUCUUAGCUUAUCAAAAGCAAUGGAUAUCAGUGUUACCAUUUUAUUUAAGUUUAAGGCAUUUGUCUUAAGCAACCACUAUAAUAGUGUAGUAUGACCAUCAAACACUGUUAAAGAAAGUUAAAUGCUGACAGUCUGCCACUUUUCGUUGGGGAUUAGUUUACAGCCAUUUAUUUCUGUAGAAGUGAACGUUUUUAAUAGGGUGCUAUUUUCAAAAGAAUAUGUUGCAAUAACUGUGUAAUUUCUCUCGCGCUGAUUGGCUCAUGUUUAUCAUCCAUAAAAGUACAGACGGAUAAAAUUUUAAUUUAU